AGGGUUCCUGGAUAAGAAUCUAGACGAUGAUAUGAUUGUUUCACAGCAUGUUCUCCCUUCGGAGCAUUUUCUUUCGACCCAAGAAGUCAGAUUAUCCGCUUGCAAGAUUCUUCUACGCAGAUCUUGAACUUAGGAGAAUUACAAACGACCUCGAUAGCUUUGAUGGGAACAAAGAACCACAGCGAUGUCAGAAACUGAUAGAGAAACUGAGAAAGACACAACAGAGGGUAAUGGAGGUCCUAUGGACCAUAGUUAGGACAUGUGUACUGGAGGAGACAAGGGCAUCUCGUCAAUAUAGAGAUAAGUUCCCUGAAGAGCUAAGAGGAGAUCACAUGUCAGGGCCUCUGUGGUUCGGGGCCGAGUGUCUGGCAGCCGGUAGCAGUGUUCUCAACCACGAGAGCGAAAGCGACGAACUCCGGCCUCUUGGUGAUGAUGAUAUCCUGUCCCCAGCUCGGCACAUCACCAAGGUGAUGGAGUCAGUGAGGACAAAGCUGAGGGAACAAUGUUUACGCGACGUGGCUUGCUAUCCUGAAGAGCUUGUGGAUACUCUCCGCUGGUUUGACUACAACUGGGCAGAAUUUGAGUUCAGUUACGUGUCAAGAAUGUGUCCAGUAAAGAGUACGGAGGAGCUUUAUCAGCAGCACAUAACUACCAUUCUCUUCUCCGAAACAACCGCCGAGGCGUUAAAAGAAAGGGUGAUCACCGAAGAGCAGAUGAGCUCCUACGAUCCGGUGCUAAUGUUGGCUAUUCCCCGUCUUUCUAUACUGUGCGGUCUCGAACAAGAGGACGGUUUAUUGGACUUGAACAAAGAUGCAAGUUGUCUUCCUGUUUACUUCAGGCCUCAUGUUACUAGCCUCAUUGAAAUCAAACAUUCCCUAAGUAACCUUACUCCAGAGGAGGUGACCGUCCUUAAACAGUGCCUUGCUUCCUCUCUCGACCCCCUUCAAACAGAAACAGAAACAGAUAAUGAAACAGAAACAGAUAUUGAAACAGAGGAGGACAUUGAAACAGAAACAGAUACCCAGACCCCUUCCCAAAGACGCGACGUCCUCCAGUGUCUUUACCUUUCAGUCAGCAGCAUUGCAGAUCAGAUGAUAACAAACCACGCCAAAGAUUUGAGACAGAUGCUCCAUCACACCUUCAAGAUGAACCAGCCUUUCGAACUUUCUGAAGACGUCAUCAUGGUAGCUAAAACAGACGAGAUCAGACAGAUAACGAGUACAUGUAUCGAGCCCAGCACUUCUGAGGAAAUCACAGCAGAGUCCCGACACCACGUGCUCGGACCGGAUAGUUGUGGUGAGGAUGGCAAUAUUCCUCAGAUCAGACAAGAACCGCCCACCUGGGUUCCUGACAGCGAAGCUUCUCGGUGCAGCAGUUGCGACGACACCUUUACUUUACUGAAGAGGAAACACCACUGCAGAUACUGUGGCCAGAUAUUUUGCCAGAGUUGCACGGCAAAGUCCGCCGUCCUGAACUUCACAAAGACAAAGAGCCCGGUGCGAGUAUGCGAUGGUUGUUACGAUCAGUACACGUCGUUGGUUGCCGCGACGUCGUCGACGACGACGACGACUCAAGGAGAACCGUCAAGCAGCGCCCACAGUUCGGUGUCAACGUCGUGAGGGUGACACGGUGCUUCAUGUGCGUCCGAACAGGAUGCAAUCUGUUUCGAGUCGAGCGCACGUGCGGCACGGCGCUCUUGUCUAUGAGGUAGAUAAGUGCGUUGUGUUGCACGUGUGGACACUUUAAGACAGUAGAGUAGUCAGUUACUCCCAUCAACACAGAAAGUUGUAGAUUUUCAGAUCUUGUGGUGAUUAUUACAUUGGGUAAUUAUAUCAUUACCUCCCCUGAGAGCAGGUGAUUUAAUAUAGCCUUACCUAAAUCAGAAAACUGUGAAAGAAUGUUUGCCUGUUUUGAGGAGAAAUCUUACAUAUUUUGGAUGUGUUUUUUUUUGUGAUUUUGUGUUUUUAACGGCCCUUCUCUUUCAAAAGAUGUGCAGCUCUCUUAUAAGCUUUGUUUUGAUAUUCUGUAUUUGUGAGGUGCAUGGUAUUUUAAAUUAAAUACUUCACAUACUUCACCCUCACAACGGUUUUUAUUUGUUACAAUUAAACACGGGUAAUCAGAAGAAUGUUUGUUGUCUUGUUAUCACGUGAUAUCACGUUGUUUUGAUAGUAUCUAAGUCAAGCACCUAUGCAUGGUACUAAGCAUGCAAGUUUAUGUCAGAUAAACGGAUCGAAUCGUCGUCCGUUGAAUAUUUUCUUAUUUACCGUGCUACGAUCACGGAAUUUUAGAGGACGUAAUUUGGGAAUUACGGUUGCAUUGCCCGAUUUAGAUGAUUGGACAAGGGAUCACUGAAUCGCGUCGGUGAUUACUGAGCGUCAAAAAACCUCUUAGAAUUCUGGAGCCGGAAAAUCGGGGAUAUCUGCCAGAAAUUUCGAAGAGUGUUAUGUGAGUAUGUCGUCAUAAAGUGAUACAAGAUAGUCAAUGAUUGAAAAAUUUACCGUUGCAGUGAUGACCAGAUGAUUUGUAUAAUUUGGCAAUGGGAAUGUUAAGCUCGAUAAUUGUAGCUUAAAUAGCGAGUUAUAUUAGUUUUUAGUUUGUAAUCAAAUAAUCUUUUUCGAUCGGCAGGAGUAAAUACGUAUGAUAGUGGUAACUGGUAGCAUUAAUUUUAAUAAGUUUUAUAAAAUAUCUGUUCAUACACCUUUCAAUUUUCAUACCUGGAGCUAAAUUAAUUCUAUGAGUUUGUUAAAUUAUAUUACGCUUAGAUGAGCGAUAGCCUUAUUUAAAGUUAACUAAGAUUUUGACAGUAGAUAAAAAUGGAGCUUUUUCUAUCGCGAUGUGUUGUAUUCUCAUACCAUUCGAGUAGAUUUUAUCAUCAAAGAAACG